GAGGAAGAGAAAAGAAAUUCACGGAGGGAAGAGAAAGCGGUAAAGGGAAAAGUACCCAAAAGAAAAACUCAGAAGAUUGUUUUGUGCGAAUGAAAAACUAAUCGGAAGAUGAAGGACCCAUUGGUGAGGACGAAGGUGUUAGUUCGGCACUUGCCUCCGUCUCUGUCUCACUCCGAUCUCCUUCAGCAAAUCGACCAUCAACUCGCUGACCGCUACAACUGGUUUUGCUUCCGUCCGGGAAAGAACAGCCAGAAGAAUCAGAGGUACUCUCGAGCCUACAUAGACUUCAAGCGGCCUGAAGAUGUUUUCGAGUUUGCUGAAUUCUUUGAUGGACAUGUGUUUGUUAAUGAGAAGGGGUCUCAGUUCAAGGCUAUAGUUGAAUAUGCACCCUCACAGCGUGUUCCAAAACCAUGUACCAAAAAGGAUGGCCGUGAAGGGACUAUAUAUAAAGAUCCUGAUUAUUUGGAGUUCCUAAAACUUAUUGCGAAGCCUGUUGAGCAUCUUCCUAGUGCAGAAAUACAGCUGGAAAGAAAGGAAGCAGAACAAGCUGGUGGUGCAAAAGAGCCUCCUAUUAUUACCCCCCUCAUGGAGUAUGUUCGUCAGAAACGAGCUAUCGGAAGUGGGACCCAGGUUUCAUCAGUUGUUCGGAAGGUUAGAAGAAGAGCGGGGGCUGCAUCUCUUAACAAACGUGGCUCAACUUCUACAAAACGGGUCUCUGAGAAGAAAAAGUACAUAUUAAAGGACAGUGCUAAACAUACAAGUCGAAAAGACAAGUCAACUUUCACUGUGGUCCCCAGGCGAGAGGAUCAAUUGGCCAGUUCAAGUGGAAAAGAAACCUUAGAAAAUGAAAUUGGUUCUGUUUCGGGAAUCCCUGUGAUUGCAGACUCUGGAAAGAAGAAAAUCCUACUCCUUAAAGGAAAAGAGCGUGAAAUACCUUCUGCUCCUGAAGGUAUGCUACCACAGGGGAGUGUAACAUCCGCUGGAAGUUAUGUUUCAGCUGCUCCAAAGCAGAACCAAAGGCGUGAGGCUGGUGGAAAGUUGAUCAGAAACAUACUUUUAAAUAAUGAGGGACGCCAAAGUCAAAGUUCAACCGAAAUUCAGCCUCAGCAGAAAAUUCUAAGUCUGAACUCAGACGUUAAGCGGGCGUCUCGGCCCUCCAAUGCAAGGUUAGGGUUGAAUGGUCAAGUCUCUAAUAAUGAGCCUAACUCAAUGAGCUCUGAAGGGGAUAGAAAGAGGGCUACAGUUGAUAAAUUUUCAAAGAAGGACCUGCAUGGUACCACUAAUGUUAGUGAGAAGCAAGAAAAACAUACAAGAAACAAGGAUAGACCAGAUCGUGGUGUUUGGGCUCCUCUUCGUCGUGCUGAUAGUUCACAUGCUAGUGAUGAGCAUUUGCCAUCCGUGCCACAACGUCCUCAACUGCCCUCUGAUUCCUUUGAAGUUUCCCAUGGAGAAGUGAAGGAUGAUACCUCUUAUGGAAGCAGGACUGGGGAAGUUAUAAAUCCUACAAGUGGACGUAAUAGUUCUCAUGUAGAGAAUGGUUCACAAAGACAUUUUGGUCGCCGUGGAAGUGCCCAUAAUAUAAAAGAUGAUGGUUCUAUGAAUGUAAGUGAGGGAAAGCCAUCUAAAAGAGGUGCUACUGUUCAUGGUGCCCCUGAGAAACAAGUGUGGGUUCAAAAAUCAGCUUCAGGUUCUUAGAAUAACCAAGGCUGGGAAUAUUCUCUGUAGUCUUUCCAUCGGAGUGGACUCCCAGCUAAAUAUUUUUAAGUUUGACAAAUUGACAAUCCAGAUCAGUUUUCAGUGAUGUUAUUGCACUCAAAUGGUUUAUGAGGACACGCUUGUGGUGGUCAUGGAGGCGCAUGGUAGGGACAUAAUUUCUGGAAAUACGUGGCAGAGUGGGAAGUAAGGUGACAGAUUGGGGAAUUUUAUGUUUAUAAUUCUUAGGAUUUCCAUGGGGAUGGUUUCUGAUAGCCUUCUGAAUUUUAGCGGGAAGGAACCACUAAAAUGUGCCUUGUACUGAAUUAUUUGUUUGGCUGCAAGUGAAAAGGAAAUUAUGGCACCGCAUAGGGGCAGUCUAUUUUAUACUGGUGAUGGCUAUAUCACUGGUCUAGCGUUUUUCUUCACUCUCUUGGUGUUUAGAUGUUCUUUUAACUACUAAAGGUCUGUUGCAGUUUGCAUGCAUGGAUUGUGCAACUUUGGCAGUUUCUAGUAGAUAUAGUAUUACUUUCUUUAAGGGUUGAUGAUGGUUGGGGGGCUUUUACAAUUACGAGUAUCACUGCAGUCAAUAGCUGUUGUGCAUUCAAGGAGAAGAGGAGUUUUAUUUUGUUUAAUGUAAGUUUUUUUGUGGUUUAAUGGUUUGGUCUGCAAAAGCGGGUCUUUGUGCAUUUUGGGUGUAUAGCCCGCAUCUUGACAGCUGUUAUAUCUUAUCUGCGAUGAACGACCUUGUCCCAAUUGUCUGUGAAAAAGAUUUGGUGGAUUAUAAUGGUUUGCUGCCCUGUUGAAAACAGAUUCUUUCAUUCAGUCAGAACACUAAAUUCCUCAUAUGUCCCAAGGCAAUCAUCUCUGUUAUCGUGGCUUAAGGCCUCUACUGAAGACGUCGUGGAAAUGGGGGCUUACCUUAAAGGAGAACUUUUGGUUGGGCCAAAUUAGGACCAAAUUUUCUUAUGGUAUGAUCCAAUUUGUGCCGGAUGGACGGAUAGCAGCAUGCUCAUUUGGAGUGCUGAGUUACGAGCCCUAGGGACAAGAGGACAAAAGUCUUGAGAGAUGGUUUGACUUUUAUCUUCAUUGCAUGACUUUAUCGUUAAGUCACAUGUAUAGCUUAACUACUAAAGUAUUUCUUCAGGGGAAAAUACUCCCAAGUCCUAAAUGUUGUGAUGUAUAAGAACCUUCAUGUCUAUCUACCGACCGGUGAUUGUGAACAAUGUAACAUAAACCAAGGAACAUUUUGGUAAAGAUAAAUUAUGUACAAUGGUUAUUUUGUAAUUUUAGCCUAAUUUUCUUUACU